AAGUGGUCAAUCUUAAAGUUUCCUUGUAUGCAUCGUUCAUCUAGAACCCACAUUUCCCAAUUUCCACACUAUAUAUACAAAUUCCACCAACCCUCAUUCCUCACCAGUUUCCCAUUUUCCUUUUAAACUAUGCGUUUGUUUGCCUUCUUUUCCAUUCAGAAAGGAUGUUCCUAGCGUUUGAACGAAAUUGAAGAACUUGGAGGGUUUCAUAUCAUUCUGGGAUAAAGGAAGAGAGAGAUGGAGAACUCCAUUGGUGUCGGAUUCAUGGCGGUUUUCGCUGUUUCUGGAAGCGUUGUUCUUCUUGCCCAUCAAGUAAACAAGCGUCUUCUCUCUCAUUUCAUGAAGGAUAUUGAGUUUGAAUUGGGUGGUUUGCUGUAUAAUCAUCACCAUGAUCACCACAAGAAAUUGGGUGGGUCUGAGAAAACCCAACAAUGCAAGAAGAUGGUUCGAUUUGCAGAUGAUGUGGCGGAACCAUCAUCAAACAACAAAGAGUAUCGCAAGAGGCGGAUGACGAAGCAGACUAAUGAUGGUCAUGGUUACAAAAUUGAGAGCAACAUGCCACUCAACAGGCAAGCUCUUUACAAAGGGAUCAUUGAGUUCAAGACCCUCAAGGGUCAGCAUGUAUAUUAACUUUAUUUUCAAAGCUAUUUCAGAGUCCUGUUAAGAAGAAGAAAAAUAGACUUUAACAACUCUCGGUUUAUACAACAGGUCUCUCAUAUCAUGCGUAUGAGAUACUUGUUGUAUACAACUAUGUAGGAAAUCAAGGUUUUCUUCAAUUUGUGUUGUUGUACAUACGUUGAGUUUUUCAUUUUGUUAAUCCCCUCGGAAAGAUACAAUCGAGGGAUGUAAAAAAAAAUUUAGGAUGGGAAGGUCCUCUACAUCAUCUUUCUCGCAAUGCAUUCAUCGUGCGCUACUCAUAUGAUGGAGAGAUUAUGAGAUGGAGGUGUAUGUAUAUACCCAGGCCUGUUGAAGACUGUCCUAACUUGUAUGAAUGUGAAAGGUCUUUUAGGUAAUGUGGGUAGUUUUUGUGAAUAAAAGGGAACAGUUGAUCAAAUCCUGGGAAUUCUCUAAACGAUGAUUCCUUUGAAGAUUGGACAUUUGCUGCAGGUUUCAGUAUUUGGGUUUGUUUUUUUCUUGUUCUUUUUUUCUUUCUGUCUUCUCUGUAAUGUGUGUACAUAUUAAGAAUUGACCUGCAGAGUCUGAAACUGUUAAAUUUACAACCAAGACUCAUCCUUGGACUGUUUCCUGAUUGGAUUGAAAAACAAUGCAGUCAUUGGACUUCUAUA